AUGGAGCCCGAGACCUCUUCGUCUUCUUCUGUGACGCCGCUCGAGCGGUCCACUUCACAACUGUCUGCUGCGUCAGCCGGCGGGAGAGGGCAUACCCUGCGCACACGAUCACGCCAGAGAGCAAAGUUGACCUCCCAGCCCUCGAGCUCGGCCUCCUCCAUUGCUGCCUCCGACAAGUCACUGACUUCCUUCCCGUCCUUCUCGCCCGACUCGCCUCGCGAAGCCCGGCCCUUCUUCGAGAGCUUUGCCGAACCCUCGAGGAGCAGGACGCCCGCUGCUGCCGACAGAAAGCAGUCGAACCCGCAGUCUAUCAACUCUAUAGUGGACAGCCUGACCACCGAGACGCCCAGGUCGUCUCGCAACGCCCUGUUUGAGGAUGCCCCCAUCUCUACAACCAAAAUACCUGGCGCUCUGCACCUUGCCGACGAUGACCACAUCCAGCGCCUCAUCACCCGCCAUGGUGCGCCCAACCUGAUCCGCCAGGUCGCCGAGGAUCUGGCGCAGCGGGAUGCGCAGAUCGCAAACAUGCGGCGCAAGGCCGACCAGCGAGAACGCGCGCUCCGGCGAAUCAUUUUGGAAUGUGGCCUGUCCAACCUGGACCUCGAAAGAAGACUGCGAGAGGUUGAAGCAGACCUCAAGGCGCAAGAACAGUCCAAGAAGGGCGGGCUGUCCGAGAUGAUGAACGAUGCCAUGCAGGACACGGUGACGUACGGCACCAACGGCAUCAAUGAUGCAACGAUCAGGGGAAAUACCAUAUCUGUUCCAAACGAUGGGAGGUCAACAGGCACUAUGCGCGGGUGGAGAGAUUGGAUCAUGGGUACCGGGACAAGCAAGAGGAAUAGCAGGGCCAGCAGUGUCAAUGGUGACAUUUCAAAGGGCCCUCUCAAGGCUGCCACUCCUGGCGAUCGGCGGCCCAUGAUACAAGAGGAUCAAUUUAAACCACCCGACUCGGAAUCCGUAAGAAGUUCUAGCAGAGCGUCGAGCAUCUAUUCGGGCCACACUCAAAGAAAACCGUCUACAUCAUUGGCCAGCAUGGCACUUCAACUUGUUGCUGGGAGAGCUACCGGUCGGGACGGCGACUCCGUGAGAGGAAGGUCAGACUCGACAGGUCCAGGAGGCGGCUCGCUGCGAACUUCAUCUGCGACUAGCGAUAGGACAAACGCUUCUGGCCGAGUUGUGUCUAGCCAAGUUGGUCCAAAGGCGCUCAUGGCGAUGCGGAGGGCGACGCCAGCGCCGGUGAAUCUUCCCCCAAGAAGUACGCCACUAGAGAGAUGGGAUAAUGCUGGAGCAAGCCCCCCAAGCCCAGUAGCAUCACGUCCAGAUAAUUCUGGGCCUGUGGAAAUGGACACUAUUUUCUCUCCAGAGAAUCAGCCGCCGAUCCUCACCCAUGUCUACAACAACCACGCAGGUUCCGAGUUCCUGACAGAUUCAUUUGGCUUCAUAUUUGACCAGCGCAGGAGGAAGCGGCAGAAGGAAGCCGCUCAGGUUGCACUGCAAAUGAAAAGAGGCAGCCGUACAGAAAUGCUCACGGGCAAGUUGACCAUAUCACCAAGUCUCAUUGAGGACGAAGUCAGAUCUCUUCCUGGAAAUAUUGAGAGGCCAGAUAGUCCUUUCUCCGUGGAUGAAGCUAUUGAGCGACCAAAACGAUGGCAAGACUAUCUCAAAAUUGCGACUUUUCCGACCGAGCUGCUUUCUCAUACACCUUCCAUGACUGCCUCGGCUCUCGAGGUUCUGAGCGGAGACGAGUCCCAUCACCCACCUGGCCUCAUCUUGUCCGAGGAGCGUGGGUUCCUCCCUCCCGCAAGUACUACAGCAGCUGUCAAUGAUGAGACUGCUGCAAGUGAAUCAGCAAAAUCAACGGAAGAGGCCUCAGCCAGCAAUGCCGUACCCCAGGACGAUAUUGAGCCAGUGAAGCUUCUUCUUGACCAGCUCAACGACGUCCAUGAUGCAUUACAACGAGAAAAGACGUUUAAAUGGAAUGAAUUCAUGCGCAAAGUCAGAGCCGAGCGCAGACGGGAAGGAGAAGCGGCGGCAGCUGCCGCCAUGGCCGCAGCAGAAGCACGAUACCAAGAGGCACCAUUGAUUCUCCCCGAAGCAAAACUAGCAGAUGGUGAGCUGAUUGGUAUCGCUGAUCUCGGCGUCAAGGGCAAAGUAGGCCGAAACAAGUGGAUAGAAUUCCGUACUCUGGUUCUCGGCGGUAUACCCGUAGCGCUCCGACCCAAGAUUUGGUCGGAAGCCUGCGGCGCAACCUCCAAGCGCUUGCCUGGAUACUAUGACGAUCUUGUAGCUCAGGGAUCUGAAGGCCUCGACCCUGCCACGGUCACUGAUAUUGACCGGGACAUUGACCGCACCUUGCGAGACAAUAUCUUCUUCCUCCGCGGACCAGGAGUACAGAAGCUGCACGAACUGCUGGUGGCCUAUGCACGGCGCAAUCCAAAUGUCGGAUACUGCCAAGGCAUGAAUCUCAUUGCCGCGAAUCUACUCCUCAUCAUGCCAUCUACCGAGGAGGCUUUCUGGAUCCUCGUGUGCAUGAUUGAGAAGAUGUUGCCAGAAGGUUACUUUGACCAUUCUCUUAUUGCAUCACGGGCCGAUCAGCAGGUUCUGCGACAAUACGUUGCGCAAGUUUUGCCAAAGCUCUCGCAACAUCUUGACAACAUGUGCAUUGAUCUCGAGACCCUGACCUUUCAAUGGUUUUUGAGCAUCUUCACUGAUUGCCUCAGUGCCGAAGCGCUUUUCCGGGUGUGGGACGUUAUCCUUUGCACGGGAGACGGCAGCACGUUCCUUUUCCAGGUUGCUUUGGCGCUUCUCAAGCUGAAUGAGCGGCAACUACUAGCAUGCACUGCGCCGAGCGAAAUAUACACGUAUAUAAACCGACAAAUGACUAAUCAUGCCAUUAGUAUUGAUGGUCUGAUUCAGGCUUCUGAGGGGCUGCGCAAGGAGGUCAAGCGAGAAGUCGUCGAGUCCAAGCGGCAAAAGGCCAUCGAGGCUGAGAAGCAGCUCAUGAUUGAGCGAGAGGAACUGAGAGAGGCCAGGCUGUCCAAGAAGGCCAUGAGUGCACCCGCCCUGGUAACGCCCGAGAGCGCGAGCGCUGUGCCAAGUCCAGCUCCCAGUCCACUUUUGAAACAAGGCGAAGAUGCCAGCAUGGCGAGCAUGUCAGUGGCCGACUUGCGAGAGCUGGACGAGGCCAGAGAAAUGAUGGCGCACACACCGCUGCCCACCGAAGAGGAGGUUGGUAUGGGGCUGGGAUGA